AUGGCUCCGGAAGCUUCUAAAGAAAAGACCCAGACCGCCACAGCCUCGACGCCGCCCUCUGUCUCCAGCGCCGAGGGUGAGAAAGCCGCGCCCAAAGUCACUGCCGUCGACCUCGAUCGCGUCGGGGAGACUCAGGGUUAUCUCCUCGAUGAGACUAAAAUCAGAGAGCGCUUGGGACUUGGUGCCGAUGUUCCCUUGAAGAAAUCCAAGAGCGGCGUGGUGUUGAUUCCCCAGCCUACUGAAGACCCCGAGGAUCCAUUGAACUGGCCCCGAUGGAAGAAGGGUCUCAUUCUUCUUGUCAUUGCUGUGAACGCUUGUACCGCUGACUACUCCGCUGCCACUGGCGGAAGUGCACUUCUCCCACAGGCCGAAGAAUGGCACAUCUCGCCUGAUGAGGUCAACCAUGCCACUGCUGGGAAUACAUUCAUGCUCGGUGUGGGCGGUUUGGCAGCAGUCUGGCUCAGUGCAUACUUUGGUCGACUUCCUGUGCUCUUCUGGUUCGGAUGCCUGUCAGCAGGAACGGCGGCGUGGUCAGCGGCCGCACGAUCCUUUGAGUCCUACAUGGCAUCUCGCAUUUUAAACGGCAUGUUCUGCGUCGCUGCAGCUGGUGGUGGCCUGAUGUGGAUCAAGGAUGUGUUCUUUUGGCACUCCCAUGCCAAGAAGAUCAACAUUUGGUCGACAGCUAUCAUCCUCUCGCCUUUCUUAGGCCCACAGUUCAUGGCCGCCAUUAUCAGCGUGGAUUCGUGGAGAACUGGAAUGUGGCUCAACUUUGGCAUCAUCACCCUGGGCUUGCUCUUGACAUUCACCCUGGGCGAUGAGACCUUCUACCCACGUCACUUGAUGCCCGACCGAAUUCCACGACGCAAGUCUCGUCUCCUGCGAGUCAUCGGCGUCGAGCAGGUCAAGACCAAGUACACGACCAAUUCAUUCCUGGAAGCAGGUAGUCGGUUGGGAUACACUGCUUUGAGGUUGCCUGUCUUUCUCACAUGCUUGUUCUACUUUUUCGACUUUCCCUGGACGAUUGCCAACAACACCACCAUCUCGGUAUUCAUUGUCCCUGCUUUCAACUUUGAUUACCGCAACCUGGCUGCUAUUUACACAGCACCAGUGGUCGGAGCAGUGUUGGGACUGGUUCUUGGACACUUCUUGUUCGACUUCAUUGCCAAACUAUAUGCCAAGCGUCAUGGUGGACGUAUUGAGCCCGAAUGUAGAUUGAUUAUUCUCUGGUUAAUCCUACCCAUCAAAAUUGUCGGCUACAAUCUCAUCGGCGUCACUCUACACCAAGCACGCACUUGGUCUUGGUGGCCCUUGGCAAUUGGCUGGUGUAUGCACAACUUUGCCACCAUCGUCACUACAACAGCAGUGGGAGCCUACCUCCUUGACGCGUACCCAGAAGCCGGUGGAGAGUGUGCCGCCUGGCUCAACUUUGCCCGAACCCUCGGUGGCUUUAUUGUUGGGUAUAUUCAGAUCAAUUGGGCAAAUAAGGCGGGAACUCAGACCGAGUAUGGCAUUCAGAGUGGUAUCAUGGCUGCAGCCUUCAUUCUGGUUGUGUUCUUGCAGUUCUUUGGGGCUAAGCUAAGACACGCCCAAGGACCAUUGAACUUCAAGACAAAUUAA